ACUUGUAUUACUGUGGGUAUCUGUAUCAGGUCCAGUUCCGUUGACUGUAUCAACUAAAUUUUAGCCUCAGAUAUCUUAAUACAAAAAAUAUCUGAUACAAACAACCUUAUCUACCCGUAGUGCGUUGUAAGUAAUAAAUUAACCUUCUUUCAGUGUUUUUUAUGUUUGGUUGUCAAGUUCAAAUUUUGGAUAUUUUUCUAUUGCUUUUAUAUCUUUUAAUGUCGUGAUUUUUUUUUUUUUAGUUUAAUGUUUCAAUAUAAUUAACAUAAAUUUUUGUUAUGGCUAAAAGUAAAUUCGAAUAUGUUCGCUAUUUUGAACAAGAAAACAAAUGUUUGAAAAAUUGUUGGAUUGUUGUUAGGAUAGAUGGAAAAAAUUUUCAUCGAUUUACUGAAAUACAUGAAUUUGAUAAACCUAAUGAUAUUAAUGGUUUGAAUCUGAUGAGUAAUGCUGCAGUUAAUGUUUUAAGAGAAUUUUCUGACAUAAAUUUAGCUUUUGGUCACAGUGAUGAAUUCAGUUUUGUAUUUAAAAAGAAAACUAAUAUUUUUAAUCGUAGGUCGGAUAAAAUUCUCUCCUUAGUUAACAGUAUAUUUUCUUCAUCAUUUGUUUUCUUAUGGAAUAAAUAUUUUCCUAAUAAACAACUAAUUUAUGCUCCAGCAUUUGAUGCUCGCAUUGUAUUAUAUCCUACAGAUCAAAAUCUGAGGGACUAUUUUAGUUGGAGACAAGCAGAUGUCCAUGUCAAUAAUCUGUAUAAUACUUGUUUUUGGGCUUUAGUACUAAAAAUGGGACUUUCUCCAGUUGAGGCAGAAGAAAAACUUCGAGGGACAUUAUCAAGUGCCAAAAAUGAAUUGUUGUAUAAGAACUUUGAUAUCAACUAUAACAAUGAACCAGAAAUAUUUAGAAAAGGUACUGUAUUGGUUCGAAAAUGUAUAAGUUGGGAAGGUGCAACAAAACCUAAAUCUGUUAUUAUACCUCUGCAUUGUGAUAUUAUUAAGGAUGACUUCUGGAAUUCACACCCAGAAAUUUUGGAUCAGUCAGAAACUCCAUUGGUUGAUAAAUUAAAAUUAGAUCAUUAUUUUGUCUGUGAACAAAAAAAUUUUAAGAUGUGAUUUUUUUUUUAGUAUUAUAUUUUUUAAUUUAUUAUUAAUUAAAAACAUGUUAUAUUUUAUUGCUAAUUAUUAUUUUAAAAAGAAAUUAGUAAAAUAAAACUGUUUAGUUCUACAUGUAUUUUACUUAUCUUUGAUAACAAUCGUAAUGAUCUUAGUAUUUAUUUUAUGGGUGAUAAAUAUUCAGGACGCAAUCAUCAUUAAGGUUUUAUUAGUGCGGACAUUCCAACCCAAACAUGUGGGUCCUUCAUCAUUAUUAUUAAAUUUCUGGGUAUAUCAAAUUUAGUAAGAUUUUCAACUCUAUUUUUUGUGUGUAAGUUAUCGUAUUUUUGUAUAAAAUUUUCAAAGUUGGGAGUAAGUGUGUUAUAAUCUGAUAGAAGGUUACUAUUGUUUAUAUUUGUUAAUCUCAGUGAAGUUACAACUACACAAAAUUAACAAACUGAGAGCUAUCAUCAAUAAUAUUGACGGACCAAAUGAAGCACUAUCCAAAUUCCUAAAACCAGCUUUAAAUAGAUUAAACAAUGACAACAAUUUUGAUGUAAAAAAUGCAAUAGAACUAAAAGAAAUACUUAAAAAUCUACAAUUAAGUAAGGAUGAAACAGAAAUGAUUAGUUUAGAUGCUGAAUCCCUAAUUACAAACAUCCCAAUUGAUGAAUGUAUGAAAAUUUUAGACGAAAAUUGGGAAAAUAUAAAGACUGAAACAAAAAUUAAAGAUAAAAAAUUUUUUUUAGAAGGAGUGGAGCUAUGUACAAAAUAUAAUUAUUUCAAAUACAAUCAUGAAUAUUAUAAACAACUAUGGGGGGUGGCCAUGGGUUCAACAUUAUCCACCAAUCUUAAAGGAAUAUAUCUGAAUAAAUUGCUAUCAAUACAAAUCACUGAAACUAAAAAAUAAAGGAAUCCUAAUAAAAAAAUAUAUAGAUGAUUUAUUCAUAAUAAUAAAAAGAAACACUGCAAAUGAAAUAAUGGACUGUUUUAACAAAUACAACAAGAGAAUAAAAUUCACAUUGGAAAAAACAAUAAAUGAUAAAAUAAGAUUUUUAAACAUGGACAUAAUUUUAAAAGACCGACAAAUACUAACAAAAUGGACAAAAAAAGAACAAACAAGCAAUAAAAUACUCAAAAUACAACUCCAAACACCAAAUAAUAAACACAGCCCAAAACCUAAUAAACAAUGCAAUUACAUUAACUGACCAGACUUACAUUUCAAAAAUUAAAACUGAAAUAUACAAAAUACUAACAGAAAAUUUCUACCCAAUUAAACUAAUAAAUAAAAUAUGGUACAGUAGAGCAACAACAGAAUACACAUACAGAAUUGGAACAAAAACAAAGAACAAAAAAUACCAAAGACACAAAUAAAUAAUAUCGAACAACAAAAAAAACCUAAACAACAAUUUAUUACACAGUUUUUCAAGGAGACAACCACAACAAAUGACAACAUCCAAAACAAUAAUCCACAAACAAGCAAAGUUCACAAUAAAAGAAUAUUUAACAAAAUGGCAUGCAUACCACAACUUACAAAACAAAUUAAAAAAGUAUUCAUGAACUAUGAUUUACCGGAAAUCCAGUUUGGCAUAUAUAAUGACAAAAAAUUAAGUAAAUACUUGACAAACACAAAAGACAAGAUAGAACGACUGGACAAGAAAAAUGUUGUUUAUAAGUUAACAUUGCCAACAAAUAUAUAUAGGUGAAACAUCAAAAAAACUAAAAACCAGAAUAGCACAACAUAAUCAAACUGCAAAAAUAGUAAAAAUAUUAACAUAACAGCCCUAGCAAACCACAGUAUUAAAUCAUUACACACUUUUGACUUCAAAAACCCAGAAAUACUGGCUAAUAUGAACCUAAAACAAAUAAUAGGAAACUGCUGGAAGCAAUACAUAUAACAGGAAACAAUAAUAGAACAGUAAACUAUAAAAC